UGCUGCAGGCUGGCUGUUCUAUCUCACAUCUGUGCUUAUCUUUGGCAUUAGAACCCAGAAGCUAGAGCGGCGAGAAGGACAUGAUGAUAUUUCGUUUCUGCUCAGCGUGGUUGGAUUAAACAUAUCUGAACCAGAAUAAUCAACGAUGACGUCCAAUGGCUCCACCAACCAGACGCUCUGUGAUCCGAUCAGCAGGUCCUCUCUUCCUGGCUUCAUAUUUAUCUACAGCCUGGUGUUUCUGGCGGGUAUGAUCCUCAACAGCUUCACCUUGUGGUUCCACUUCUGUCGAGCUGAAAUAAACAACUCUAAGAGCUGGAUGAUCUACCUGAAGAACCUGACCAUUGCUGACUUCCUGCUGUGCCUUGGACUCCCCCUCCGCAUCGCUGACUACGCAGGCAGCCACGACACUGUCCACCAGUUCUACUGCACCUUUGGAGCGGCCAUCUUCUACCUCAACAUGUACACCAGCAUCCUGCUCAUGGGCUACAUCGCCGCCAGCAGGUACAUGAGGAUCUUUCAACCUUCGAGGGCUUCCUUCCUGAUGACCGUGCCAGCCGCCCGUCUCAUCUCGGCCAUCACGUGGGGUUUCUUCCUGCUCCCCAUAAUUGUUUACAUCAUUCUGACGCUGGACACCAGCAAACCUCCUCCUGCUUCCACCACCUGUGAUGUUCUGCUCAGCGGACCGGCCAAACUGUUCUACACGGUCAUUCACGCCUCUGCUUUUGUCAUCUUCCUGCUGGUGCUCGGCUCUCUGGUCUUCUUCUACUACAGCACCUCUCGCAGGGUGCAGCAGGUCCAGCAGAGGCGGCUGGGCUCCUCCAACUCCAACAAGCUGCUGAAGUCUCGCAGGAACAUGCUGGUCCUGGGCGGCGUCUUCUGCGUUUGCUUUGUUCCUUAUCACCUGGUUCGACUUCCAUACAUCGUACUGCGAGGACAGUGCUCAGUGGUGCUGUACUACUUGAAGGAGGCGACUGUCUUAAUAUCAGUUUUUAACAUCUGUCUGGAUCCUCUUAUUUACGUUUUUCUUUGCAAGGACUUCAGAGCGCAGCUGAACCUGCUGCAGAUGUUCUCCACCCCAAAAGACAGCUCAAGCAUCUCAUCAGAAGUGAUGUAGAAGAAACCCGACGGACCCAGCAGGGCUGACGUACAUCUGCUCAUCCUCCUUAAUUAAGUCGUGAAUUAAAAGCGGACGCGUUGAAAACAGCGGUAGAGCAGCUCAGUCGUUCUGUGAACAAACAGGCUGCGCUUCUUUAAGGCUGGAGGCCUAAAGUCGACAUAGAAAGAUUGCAGACAAUGGGAGGAUGAUCGACUGAAAUUAUUCUUGAAGCUGUUAACAGAAAUAGAAUAUAAUAGAAUAGGCCUUAUUGUCAUUGUACAGGAUGCUACUCCCUUUGGUGCAAAUUACAACAAGCAUAAAAAGAAAUACUGUCAUAAAUUAAACCUCAAAAACAAUCAUAUAAACAGAUAUAUACACACAGUAGCAGCAUCAGUGCAGGUGCAGUUAUGAUUGUAAACAUGAUGCGAAGCAAUUAAUUUCACUUAGUGUGUUUGGUUAAUUGCACAGAACCUUCUUCAUUUAUUGCACAGGAAUAAAUAUGUUCAAUAUAUUAAUGAUUAAUUUUGUUUUGUGAUUAAUGGAUAGAGCGAUCGGAAAGAAGCUGAGUCUAUUUGUCCAGACCCGUUACGGUCGGCCUGACUGUGAACUUUUCAGUUCAUACAGUCAAUGCUUGAUCUUGUCAACGAAUGUAAACGAAUAUGCUACUAUUAUAUUUCAUUUUCCUCUCUUUAUGUUGAGUGAGAACAAACAUGAUACAAACCUUCAUGUUUUAAAUUUGGAACAGGGUGUGCUGAGUUCCUAAUGCGUUUAUGGAAAUAAAAACUCCUCAUUUUAAUCACUUUUUAAAACACAAUGCUGUUAUUUUGAACAUGCGUGGGAAAGGGAUGACAUUUAGGGAAAACAUUCAAACGAGUUAGAGUUAUUUCCUUGUCUUACCGUGGGACUGGAGACACUUUAAUGAGACUCAUCUGUCUCCAUCAAACCUUAUCCUCUGCAUCUUCUCUCACAUCAGAAACCUACAAUGUUUUUGUUCUGUCCCUAUCAAAUAAA